AUGGGUGACUACUCGAAAGCGCUUGAAUAUUACGAGAAAACACUUGACAUUGACAAGAAAACUCUUCCAUUGAAUCAUCCCUCAUUGGCUGAUUCUUACAAUAACAUCGGUCUUGUGUGUAACAACAUGGGUGCCUACUCAACGGCACUUGAAUUUUACGAAAAAGCGCAUCAAAUUAAAGAAGAAGCUCUACCUUCGAAUCAUCCCGAUUUAGCAACUUCUUAUAGCAACAUCGCCAGAAUCCAUAGCGACAUGAAUAACUACAUGAAAGCACUUCAACUUUACGAAAAAGCACUUAAAAUACGAGAAAAAGUUCUCCCUGAGAAUCAUCCCGAUUUGGCUAUUUCCUACAAUUGCAUCGGUCAAGUGUAUCAACACAUGAGUGAUUACUCAAAAGCACUUGAACUUUAUGAGAGAGUACUUAAAAUCUUUCAAAAAGUUUUUUCUCCCUAUCAUCCCAAUUUGGCUGCAUCCUAUAAAAACAUAGGCUCAGUGUACGAAGAUAUGGGUGACUAUUUAAAAGCACUUGAACUUUACGAAAAAGCGCUUAAGAUCUAUGAAACAGGUCUUGCUGAGAAUCAUCCAGAUUUGGCUAGCUGCUACAGUUGUAUCGGUCAAGUGCAUAACAACCUUGGUGACUACUCGACAGCACUUGACUAUUACAACACAGCACUGGAAAUACGAGAAAAGGCUCUGCCUCCCUAUCAUCCCGAUAUGGCUAUUUCCUACAAUAACAUUGGACGAGUGUAUAACGACAUGGGCAAUUAUACUGCAGCUCUUAAGGCUCUAGAAAAUGCUUUUCAAACUCAACAGGAGACUUUUCAAGAAGGUAAUCAAGCUUUUGCUACUACAUACAGUAGGUAUGGAAGAGUUUAUCGCAAUGUCAAAGAUUACUCAAAGGCACUUGAUUAUUUUGAAAAGUGUCUCGCAAUAGAUCAGAAAACGUUACCCGAAGGACAUCCUUAUCAGGCUAUUACAUAUAGUGAUAUUGGUGAUGUCCAUCGAUUAAUGGGAGAUUACGAAAAAGCAUGUUCAUUCCAUCUGAAAGCGUUAAAUAUUCAAGAAAAUAUUCGUUGUGAUCCUUCGGAAUGUGCUACGACAUAUACAAAUUUAGGCGAAACUUAUCGAGAAAUGAGCGAUUAUUCAGCGGCAUUGACAUGUUUUCAAAAAGCGCUACAAAUACGUGAAGAGAAACUGCCAAAGAACCAUCCUGAUUUAGGUGUGAUCUAUCACAAUUUGGCGAAAUUGUAUUUCUCCACUCGAAAAUAUAGUAUGGCAAUGAAAAAUGUUCAAAAAGCGGUAAAAAUAGCUCAAGAAAAGUUGCCUUCAAAUCAUCCUGAUCUUCUGGACUAUCGAAAAACAAUUGAGGACAUUCGAAAAAAGAUGUAAAUUACGAUUUUUUCAUUGACUUGCUCAACAGAUUGAUUUUGAUUAGUAUUCUAACCUAUGGGAUGUGGGUGUGGGUCUGGGGUGUGGGUGUGGGUGUGGGUGUGGGUGUGGGUGUAGGUGGGGGGGGGGGUGGGGGUGGGGAUGUGGGGGUGGGGGUGGGUGGGGGGGUGGGGG